AUGAAUUGCUGAAAUGUAUGAAAGAUGUUGCAGAUAGAGCAAGGGUUCCUGUCGAACAAUGUAUGGUAGACUACCAAAUCGAGUCCAUUAUGACGUACCCCUUUUGCUUAUUGGCUGGGAUUCCUGCAAAAUUACAAGAUUCUGGAAAGAUUCUUGAGUGUGCAGUGGACAGGAUUUUCUACGGAAAGAAGGGCAUUUCCCAAUAUUUGGUGCAGGCAUCAAUGCAGAUUCAACCCAUUAAAGAAAUGAUUACAAAGAUAAAUGAUGAGAGUUCAAGUGCGCACACAUCAAUUGGCAGCAUGUCUCUACGCCAUUCAAAUAAGGACGACAUUGUGGUGGGUCUUGAUGAUGAACUGGUUAGCCUCCUGGAGGGACUCACCAGAGUGCCAUCAGGGCUAGAAAUUGUGACCAUUUUAGGGAUGGGCGGCAUUGGUAAGACAACUCUUGCUCGAAAAGCUUUUCGUCAUUCUUACACUGAAUAUCACUUCUAUUGCCGUGCAUGGGUCACAGUUUCCCAAGUAUAUCAAGUCAGAGAUUUGUUACUGGGCCUUUUGGGCUGUCUUGGUCACUCCACUGAUAAAUUGGUAGAGAAAAACGACGCUCAAUUAGCUGAAGUUGUGUACAGAAGUUUGAAAGGUAAGAGGUACUUGAUUGUUAUGGAUGACAUAUGGAGUAUCGAUGCUUGGAAUGAUGUCAAAAGAUGCUUUCCUGAUGACAAAACUGGUAGUAGAAUCUUAUUAACCAGCCGCGUUACAGAGUUGGCUAGCUACAUCAAUGCAAAGAAGCCUCCUCAUUGUAUGAGUCUUCUGGAUACUGAGCAGAGUUGGGAACUGUUGGAGAAGCUUGUAUUUGGGAUAGCAAGUUGCCCGCCUGAAUUGGAGAAAUGUGGAAAGCUUAUAGCUAAAAGAUGCCAAGGACUACCACUAGCAAUUGUUGUAAUGGCUGGUGUACUUUCACGUGUCGUCAAGACAUAUGACUGUUGGAAUAAUUUUGCAGAGAAGGUAUGCGCAAUCAUCUCCACUAAUCCAGAAGAAUGCCUGGAUAUACUUGCUUUGAGUUACAAUUAUUUGCCCCAUCAUCUCAAAGCCUGCUUCCUCCAUAUGGCGGCUUUCCCUGAAGACUGUGAAAUAGAAGUUCAAAAGUUGAUUAAUCUAUGGGCUGCAGAGGGAUUCUCGGAUCCCCAAUCUUCAGAAAAUCUAGAACAGGUGGCAGAGGAGUAUUUGGAAGACCUUAUUGGUAGAAACUUAGUUUUCAUUGAAAAGGAGUGUUUUGGAGGAGAAGUCAAGACCUGUCGUCUCCAUGAUUUCUUACGUGAAUUAUGCUUGAGAGAAGCACAGAAAGAGGACUUCAUGCAUGUGAUACAAAAGAGAGGUACCAAACGCUCUCGAGUAGGCUUGCGUAAUCAGCAUCGCCUCAGUUUCCAUUUGGAUCCUUACAAUGAUGUGGCUGCGGCACCUGGAAUCCCACACGUCUCGUCUUUUAUGUGUUUCACAUUGGGUACUAAUAUUGUUCCGAAUAUUCUGUUCUUUCAAUUAGGCUUUAAGGUGCUUAGAGUAUUAGACAUAUUCUUUCUGCAUUUUGAUUACUUCCCUGCCCGAAUACUAAAACUGAUUCAUUUGAGGUAUCUUGCGCUCAGUGCUACUUAUGAGCUUCCUGCAUCAGUAUCACAACUAAGGAAUCUCCAAACGUUGGUGAUUCAUGGUCCAUGGCACUGCCGGGAGUCUGGCAGUAGCCCAACAUUGUUACUGGAGUAUUGGAGUAUGCCUUCAUUGAGGCAUCUCCAGUGUAGUGUGACUAUUUAUUUGAAGAAUCCUCCUGGAGCUAAUAGUGAACUCCCUCAGCUAUUUGUUUCAAAAAACCUACAAACUCUCUCUACCAUCAAAAUUUCAUGCUGCACAAAGGAAGUUUUCAGUGUCAUGCCCCAUCUCAAGAAACUUGAAAUUUGUGAGACAGAAGAAGACUGCGGCAUAUGUGAGCCAUCUGUAUUACUUGGGAAUCUACAGUACUUGAAAGAGCUUGAAACACUUGAGUGUUGCUUCUACAAACAAAGAGUAGAAGCGCGGCAAAUAUCAUUUUUUUCUGCCCUGCCAUGUUCUCUUAGGCAAUUGAGUUUAAGUUGGAGUUAUUUGCCAUGGGAAGACACGAGCUUGAUUGGCAUGUUACGCAGACUUGAGGUGCUCAAACUCAAACAUUUUGCUUUCCAUGGACCUAAAUGGGAGCCAAAGACUAAAGGUUUUUGUCGUCUGACACACUUGCUGAUUGAGAACACUGAUUUGGUCCAUUGGGAAGCCACAGUUCAUCACUUUCCACGCCUUCAAUAUCUAGUUCUGAAGUCCUGCAAGCUUUUGGAGGAGAUCCCUUUUGAUGUGGAGGAAAUUGGUACCCUGCAGCGAAUUGAGCUGCAUCACUGUAACAAAACUACCGAGAUAUUAGCUAGAGAAAUUCAAGAACAGGUUGAAGGCAUCGAAGUUGUUAUUAGAAGUGAGCGGAAUCCAGACCGUGCAUAAGAAGAAAAUUCAGUUCCUCUUUUGAGGUGGACUUCCCACUCCAUCUCAACUUCUCUGCUGCUCUUUUC